AUGGGCGUUGAUCCUCUCUCACCCAUUGCGCCGGCGCGCCUAAGAGCAUUAAUACUGCCUGUAGGCCGGAUUAAGCGAUCUCGAUUUCUCAGUUUCGCCGCGAGGUUGCAAGCCGAAAAUGUCGUGCGCUUGGGCGAUAUUAGCCCCGAUGCGCGGCCUAAUCGAAACAUGUUCUCUCCGUUAGCAUUUCCCACGGGCGUCAUCCUAUACGACCUUUCUUCCUCCAUGCCCCCCAUCUCGCACCUUGAACUGUACCCUUUUGAAAUCUUCAGGGAGCCACUGGUGGUCCUUGCAAUAGCCGAUGGGACGGAGCUCACCGGCGACAUUACCCAGAACGGUCCCAAAACGGGUAGCGACAAGUCACCGAAGCCAGAGGGAUUAGAUCAACUUCAGCGGGACCUCGAGCUAUUGAAGGAGAAGAACCCGAGGGCGCUGGUACAUCAGCUUUUGAUAUUCGACUACGCUGGGGUCGGGAAAGUCUCCAAUGGUCCGGAUAACAUCCUAUGGAUUCCACACCCGCAGGCCUCUAAGGCUACGACGAUGAAGACUGUACUGUGUGAUAUCACGUCACUUGUCCUUUCUGAGAUGGACGAAUUCGCCAAGACAAUUCAAAAUAUUCCAACCAUUGAGUCGCCAAAAGCCUCCUCAUGGGGGCCGCAUCGCGGGCCAGAUUUGCGCCGGCGCCCAACAGACAAGCUGUUCCACAGGAUGACAAUGCCUGCACAACUUUCCGCAAAUCUAAAUACUACCCCCGAAACCCCUCAAGGCUCUAGCCAAAGCUCACCGGUGCCUGAGGACCAUGAAACACCAACAACGUUCGAUGAGAUCACUCGAUCUAUACAGCUGUCUAGUCGUUCCAGCACCGCCCUAGGCAAACCGGGUUCUUUACCAUCAUCUAAAGAGCAUAGUAGGGACCGCAUGUCAGUGAGCGGCCUGAGCGCGACAGAUCGAACAAAGAACCGAAUAAAGGGUCGCUCAGGUGUGGUAAUAGGGACUCUUUUUCUUCAGUCUGGCCGGUGGCCGGAUGCUUUGAAGGAACUCGUUGAAGCUGCAUCUAACGCUAGAGCUUGCAGCGACUAUGUGUGGCAUGCCAAAGCGCUCGAGUCAAUUCUCCUCUGUUUACUCAUGUUUGCUUGGGCGGGCAUGGACUUUCAGGUUCCGCCAAUCUGCUAUCCUAUUGCCGAUAAGUCUUCUAAGGCUUCGGCAGCAAUGCCCUUUGAUCAAACGACGGGCCAGUCGGCGGGGAACAGAAUUAUCUCUCUCCAGAAUCUCUCAAAUCUUCUACCGGACCUGGCAAAUAAUAUCCUGCACCUGUAUAACCGUGCGGCCAAUAUUACGGAUGAGCCUCUUCCACAGCUUAUCUUCUCUGAAACCGUCAUCCGUCUGUCAAGGUUAUUAGCAGCCACGCGCAUCCGUGACGGGACCCUGGACGACGUUGCUCUGAAGCACAUUGUAAUGAAUGAACCGCUACAGCAGCUAAUCCGGCCUGAGCGGCCGCGUGGGCUGACGAUACUUCGGAAAAACGAGAUUGCAAACUUUUUAUUCCGUGCGUUGCCGCUUUCUGCUGGCUCAGAUUUGCCUGCGACAGACGCUAUACCCAUUCUCAUCGGCGUUGUCUCUGUGUUAAAUACGCUUGACCUUCAACGAAAAAAGGCGUUUGUUUUAAGAGAGCUUCUGUCUAUCCUGGUCCCAGCCCUAGUAACAGCUCGCAAAAUUGGAGCUGCAGAAGUUGGCAUCCAUCCUGCAGCAGGCUUGUCUUCUCUCAGUGACACUGCGUUUGAUAUCAAUGCCCUCGACGUGGGUCCAGGGAAUAUGGACCGCAGCAUGCGCUCACUUCUCGCUACUAUUGGGGAGGUAUACGGCGUACAGUCUUCAUCUUGCGUUGAGAUGGGGAAGGGAAAGCUUGAGGGUGCCACUGAUCCCCAGACUUCCGAGUACGACUCGAUAACAGCAAUCACUGAACGGGCUUUCCGGCACGUCGUCCUGGAUCGUUACGGCGACUUGAACCUUAAGAUUGAUGUUCUCAAAAUGUGUAUUAACUCAUGUGAAGCACUCCCAGAUUUCGGUGGUGUCCUGCGAUUCACCGUUGAGCUUCUCCAAACCAUUCGCGGGGAUCUUAUGCUCUCUAGAUCCUCCUACACUGCCCCUUGCUUGCAACCGGAUGAGCAGAAUCGCUUGCUGAACAACAUCAAACGCACCGUUGGUGCUGCCAACCGGCUUGGUGUGGCAGGUCUGGAGGCCGAGUAUUGGGAUGAUUUCUUGGUUCGCGGCGUUGAGCUGUUAUCUUUAUCUGAUCCUAGGAGACCCGUUCGGCGAUCUAAACUGGAGCUUGACGCUGUUACUUCUACCAGCGAAAAAUCCACCAAGGAUCCGUUUCUAUACAAUCCCUUUUCCAAAGCAGCGGGCAAGGCUUCGGAGCUGCUCAUGGUUUCUGGGGAACAUGCGGCUUUCCAAGUCACCCUUCAGAACCCUUAUGAAUUCGAAGUUGAGAUUGAACGGAUACGCCUUGAAAGCGAGGGUGUGACUCUGGAUGCUGUGGCAGAGUGGAUAUUGCUUCCACCACUGUGUCUCCAGGACAUCACAGUAUAUGGGAUAGCACAAGAAGAGGGAUCAUUGAAGGUAACCGGUUGUUUUGUCAAGGUUCGACAUUGCAAAGAGCGAAAGUUCCCCAUAUUCAAAAACUUCUGGAAGCCUGAUAUAGAGGCCAAAUUCAAACGAACCGGGUUGGCAGCCAAGAAACCUUCGGUUGAGCGUCCUCUAUCCUGGAGUUCAACAUUCUCCAAGGAUGGAAAAUCAUCUACAAAGAAAGGACCUGACACGUCCUCUUGUGAGGUGAAAGUAAUUCGGCCGCAGCCCUCGCUUGUUAUAGAGUCACUGUCGUUGUGCCAAUCUGCAAUUAUGGUCCUUGAAGGGGAGAGAUCGUCCUUCAGCAUUACGCUGCGCAACGUGUCGUCUUGCGAUCUUGAUUUCAUUUUAUUUACAUCUCAAGACUCGACGACCAAACAGAUUCAGACGGCGCUAAGUAACAAGGACUUGUUGCCGGUCGAAGUGUAUGAACUGGCGUUGAAGCUCUCAAGGCCAGCUCUGCAAUGGCGUAGAGAGGGCUUGAAUCCGAAUGACUACUCCAUCCCAGCAGGGCUAUGCGGUACAUUUAUCGUCGAUGUCACCGGCAACCCCGGACUGCAAGAGGCUACCGUGCAGAUCGAUUAUUCUAGCAUCGGAGGCUCUUACGAGGCACUGCCUGAUAUCCUCUAUACGAGACAGUUAUUCAUUCCGCUUACUGCAACGGUGAACGCGAGCUUGGAAGUGGCCCGCUGCGAUAUACUACCCUUCAGUAGCGAUUUUGCAUGGUCGAAUCAUUCAAAAAUUGGCAUCAAUCCUCCCCUCAGCACGAUUCCUGAGUCGCCAGACUCCGCCAGCAGCGACCACUUCGCUACCGUAUUCUCAAACCUAGCGCGAGGUACUUAUGGUUCUGACCACUGCAUACUUCUCCUUGACCUCCGAAAUGCAUGGCCGAAUCCGUUAUCAGUGACUUUGCAUGUCACGGAAAAACCUCAGGAGCCAACCGCAGGUGCUAUCACGAGUAUUGGCGGGGCCGGCCAAUAUUCGCUCCAUGAAGUUCUCCAACCAGGACAAAUAUCUCGGUUUGUUCUCGUUCUACCCCGCAUUUACGUACAGAACCCUCACGCCUCGAUACCUUCUCUGAAGACUGGGUCAAAGAGGCAGUUCGUUGUCAGCGCGCAUAAGCUUACAUUCGAUGCCGAAGCGGCGGCGCGGGAGGCUUUCUGGUAUCGCGAAGAGCUGCUCAAGAGAGUCAGCGGAUCAUGGAAGGAAGCUCUGGGCGGUCGUGAAGGAAUGCUUGACCUGAGGAAUAUGCGCUUCACUGCACGCAUGGUCGAUGCAUUCCGACUCGAGGACGUGGAAACAAGUUUCUUCUUGGAACCUUCGUUCUCCGAAGACCCUGAAGACGACACUCCAAGUAGCGUCAUCCGAACAGGGAAGUCAAAGUACAAGGUCGGAACAGACGAAAUGCUGGAUCUCACCGUCACCGUCCACAACCGCUCUUCCAGACCUAUCCAGCCCCUCAUUCGACUUCAGCCCAGCCUUCGUAACCAACCAAGCAACGUUGCGCUAGAUCUUCCCAGGCGUCUCGCGUGGACAGGCAUGCUACAGCAGGUUCUUCCCGUUCUGAACGGCGGCGAGAGCAUCAGUACCACCGUCGGGGUUACAAUCCUCUGCCGAGGCGAGUACGAAUUUGGCGCCACAGUCGAAGAACUCAGGCUGCUACGUCCACCCUUCGAGACCGACGGGACCAAAACUACGGAUGAUUCGUCCACCUCCAAUCCCUCCGACGAAGGAUUCAUCACGGAUACAUUUGGCGUGGACAUGGCCAAGAAACGGCGGAUCUGGCACGCCCGCGAAACGUGUGUUAUGACUGCUCAUGAUUAA